CCAGCCUCCCCAAAGACCCUAAGACAGAGAGAAAGAGAGACAGGGACUGAGAGAGCUGCAAGUUUCCGGGUCCCGAGACCUCUGGGCCAGCCCACGGAAGGCUCGCGGCAUGUGGGAACUCCGGUCCAUAGCCUUCUCCAGGGCCGUGUUCGCAGAGUUCCUGGCCACACUCCUCUUCGUCUUCUUUGGCCUCGGCUCAGCCCUCAACUGGCCACAGGCCCUGCCCUCUGUGCUGCAGAUUGCCAUGGCCUUCGGCCUGGCUAUUGGCACCCUGGUGCAGGCUCUGGGCCACAUCAGCGGGGCCCACAUCAAUCCUGCUGUGACUGUGGCUUGCUUGGUAGGCUGCCAUGUCUCCUUUCUCCGAGCUGCCUUCUACGUAGCUGCCCAGCUGCUGGGGGCCGUGGCAGGGGCUGCUCUGCUCCAUGAGAUCACACCACCAGACAUCCGAGGGGACCUGGCUGUCAAUGCACUCAGCAACAACACAACAGCUGGCCAAGCCGUUACUGUGGAGCUGUUCCUGACCCUGCAGCUGGUGUUCUGCAUUUUCGCCUCUACUGAUGAGCGCCGUGGAGACAACCUGGGCACUCCCGCCCUCUCCAUUGGUUUCUCCGUGGUCCUGGGCCACCUCCUUGGGAUCCACUACACGGGCUGCUCCAUGAAUCCUGCCCGCUCCCUGGCUCCUGCCGUCGUCACCGGUGUUCUGGGUCGGACCCCUGGUGGGCGCCAUCCUGGGCUCGCUCCUCUACAACUACGUACUGUUCCCGUCCGCCAAGAGCCUGUCGGAGCGCAUGGCUGUGCUCAAGGGGCUGGAGCCCGACGCCGACUGGGAGGAGCGCGAGGUGCGGCGGCGGCAGUCGGUGGAGCUACACUCGCCGCAGAGCCUGCCCCGCGGCAGCAAGGCCUGAGUGCCUCCCGCCCGCCCGCCCCAAAGGCCCCUGGCCCGGGCCCAGCGGGGCUCAGAGUGACUGCCUGCGACCCCAGGUCGCGUCCCAGGCUCGGGGCGCCCACCACCCCGGCCAGGCCCGACCCUCCUCUCCUCAGGGCCAAAGGUGGCCCCCAGUGCAGUAGCUGCCUCAGGACCUGCGGGCUGCUGCGGCCAGGGCUGCAGGGGUAGCAGUGAGCCUGUCCUGAGGCUGAGGCAGCAAGUUGUGGACCUCCUGGCCCCUGCAGGGGUGGGGAACUUGGAGACUGAGCUGGGGAGAGAGGGCAAGCAAGCAGGCAGAGGAAGGCUCUGGAGAGCCAGCCCAGUUACUGGGGGUAAGGGGGCCAGGGUCUGCAGACCCCCCACCUUGGAGGAGGGUGGUCUGGGAAUGGUGCAUCAGGUUUUGCUAGUGUGCAAGUGUGUGUUCACCCAUGAGGACCUCUCUGUCCCCAGAAACAGGUGUGUCUGGGGUGGUGCAAGUGUGUACUGGCUGGCAGCCUCUCACUCUCCUCUUGACCCCUUCCUUUCUUCCUACCUGUAAUAAAUCCACUUCUUCUACAGUAGAUGAGUCCCCACUGCCAGUCCUUCCCAGGAGCUCUAAGAGUGUGAUCCCAGGAGACGGGGAGGGGAGGGUCUGGAGGCCCCUUGCAGAGGGCUGAAAGGAGGCCCUGAUUUCCAACCCCUAACCUGCCCCUCCUGGAAAAUUCUCUCAAGCUGCAGCACUGGGCCCCAAAACUUGCCAAGAUCCAUUGCUAGUAACAGAGAGGUAUCAAACCAGAGACUUGCUCCUGCAGAAGGGGCCUCUGGAGAAAAGGAGGGUUGGGUGGCCAAGGACCCGCUUUCUGCCCUGAGGGAGGCCCUCUCCAAAGGAGGAAGAAGGCAUGUGUAUGUGCAUGCCUGUAGGUGUGUGUGCAUACUGUAUAUCUCCAGGGGGCUCCAGACCCAAAGAUUAGCCUCCCCUUGUUGCAGAGAAAACAACAGCUCUUUGUGGGCCCCUGACCUUUGUCUUGGGAGAGGGGAGAUUUGCAACUAGACACUUCUUGAAAGGAGACACUCAGUUUCGUAAGUGAGCCUUCUCACUCAGCGCACACCUAUUGCUAGCUGGGCAAGGCACACUCAGUCACGCAACCACAGGCCCCAGGCAACACCCCACCAUCACCCAUCCCCAGGCAGCAGCUCUUCCCCCCAGGAAUCUCUCUCCCCACCACCUCCCCUUUCUGAUUCCCACCACAGUAGAGUUAUUGGGGAGAGAGCAGCUUAGCACUCUCAGGACCAGAGAAAGGAAAUGACUUGUCCAGGCAGAGGCACGUUUGUGUCUAGAGCCUGGGCUUCUAAAUUUCCAGGCCAGUGCAAUGGUUCUCAAAUAACAUUACCUGGGAUUAAGUGAGAUGAUGCAUGUAAAGAUGCUGUGUGAACUGUAUUCUUCAUAUCAAUCAUGCAUUAUUGGGAUCAUUUCAUUACUUCUGCUUCCAGUAGAGAAAGGGCCUGAUCCUUGGCUUCUUCUACCUCCUUUAAUUGGUGGUCAGCACAAAGGAGUGCCCCAGGAACCCCGAGGUGCCGGCAGAAGGAGAUGGGGUUGGCCUGGCUCCAUCCCGGUCCUCUCCCCACCCCUAGGGUACCCUGGCUGUUCUCACCCUUCCUCCCUCCCACCACUCAGACCACCCAUAUUCUCCCUCUGCCUCCAGUCUGCUGGAGACUCACUUUGAGCCCCCUUCUGCAUGCUGUCUGUUGCCUCCCUGAUUUCUAGGCUUUUAUCUGUGUCCAUCCCACACUGUGUCAACCCACUGUACCUGGAGUCUCCACCCCAUUCCUGCCCUCCACAGAUGGACUGUGGAUGUGGGGCAUCUGUGUAAUGUGCCCACCUCCUCAUCUAUUUCUUGACUAAAGCUCCCUUUGAAAUCAGGAAAAGCCAUCCCUGAGCCACAGAUGCUAUGGAGAUGAUUCUCCCAAACCACUGACAGGUGGUGACAGCCCCUGGCCUCACCACUUGGGGAAGGACUGAGUCAGAAACUGAAGUGACCUCUGGGGCUGUAGUCCUGGUAGCUGAGUGUCCUUGCUCUGAAAUUUCAAAGGCAGCAAAGCAUUGAGGUGUUAGCUAAGCCUUGAUGUGUCCCCGGCACCUCAUCCCCACCCCACCGAACCCCAACAGCUCCCUCUGGAAGUUGCCAAUAAUUUCUAUGCCUGUUCCACUUCCUGCAUUGCACUUCCCCUAAAACUAGAUAUGAGAUCCCUACCACUUCCAAUCCUGAUUGCCCAGAUUGGGGUCAUUAAGGUCAGAAGUCAAAGCAGGAUUCAAAGUGAUGGGACUGGAGGGAAACUGACACCUAUUGAGCAUCUUUUGUGUCCCAGCUCUGUGCUGGCUGCUUUACAUGCAUUAGCUCACCUAUUCCUCCUAAAACUUCAGGCAGGUUAGGGAAGGACAAUGACCUCCCCCACUGUCAACCAUGUAGGGUUUUACUAUUUUCAAAGCAUUCCCUUAUCAUCUCCUGUGAUUUCUCCGAGCUUUGUGAGAUAGGCUGAGCAAAUAUUGUUCUACCCAUUUCAUAGAUUAAGAAACGGAAACUAAGAGACUGUCUAAAGUCACACAGCUGUGUGUGGUGGACUUGAAUUCAGGUUUUCCUAUUCAAAACCCCAUGAUCUUGCCACUCAGAACUCAGAGGAGACCAGGUAUGGUCUGAGGCAAGUACUAGGCCCCUCUCGGGAGUCCCUGGCAGAAACCGAGCACACAACUGAGACUGUGAAGCCAACCUGCUGUCCUGUGGUAGACACAGACCUUGGGGAUAGCCACAGCAGGGUAGGGAGAAAAUGACAAAAAACGUGGGACUGAUUUCUGCCCUUGUGGAGAUCCCAGACUGGAGGAGGGUGGAGGGCAGACACACCCCAAACCAGACAGCGGCAAGGCAGCAUAAAGGCAGGUGGACAGGCCUUCACAACCCCAAGCUGGGAACAGAGAAGGCUCUGAGCUGAGGGGUGGAGGUGGGUGACCACUGGGUCCCAGGAGCCAGUCCGACAUUCCCACUUUGUGUCAGAUGACUUUGCACUGCAAAUGUUGCUUUGAUGUCGUUUUGUAUCUUUAAGCUGUGAUUCUGUAUGUAUGCAAUGCCUUCCAGCAAGACUGUCACCCCCAUGGGCUGACAUUCUCCAAUACAUCUUCUCUCAUCUGUCUUGUCUAGCACAAUGCUCUGAAAUAUUAAGCACUCAAUAUAUGCUCAUUUGCCAAUAAAUGCCAUUUC